AUGGUGACGACAACGUUUCAGUUUAUUGACCAGUCCACCGUCGGUCGCGACUCAAGACGCACCAUCCGCAGUCAUGUCAUGAAGGGCAAGAAUACCGGCAGAGUGCGCAUCCCGAAGCGACCUGUCCAGCCAUCCAGGGUCAUCGUCAGACCAUACCACAAUGUGCCCCCUCCAGUCUCGCGCAAGGUUGAAAAGUCCCGAAAUUCAAAAUCGGGCGGUGACAAGACCCGUCGCGAUGACGUCCUCGGCACUCACCCGGAGACGACAGCUGUGGCUGUCGUCGAGACCAAGAAUCAGCAGCCGACAUUGCAGAUGCAGAUGCAGAUGCAGAUGCAGACUCCAACCCAGAAACUGGAUAUGUGGAUGACGAGGGCCAACUCCACGUUGGAUCCAAGGUCGCCUGCCCAGGUCGCCAACGAACUCUCCGGUCUGGCAUCGUCUGGUGACAUGACGCCUCGCGCCCGCGGUUCCGCGAUUUACUUCCUCCGCCUUGUCGGCAACUCUCUGUACCCGAUAUUCUUCUGUGCAUCCAGCCCCGAUCCCGAGCUGCUGGUCUGGUUCCAGUACAUGCUCUUUGACGAGGCUUAUUUCCACGCUUUUGUUGCCCUAUCUGAGGUGUGCGUAGAUCUGUAUGUCGGGAGGCCUCGUCAGGCCCGCUCAGCAGAGUUCCGCUACCACGUGGCUUCGGCCCUGCGUCGCAUCAACCAGCAGCUGUCUGGCGCCAACGCCUUGGUGGACUCGAGCUUGGGCGGUGUCAUCAUGAUGUGCCUCCUCUCAUCGGCCUGCGGGCAGCCCACCACCGCCGGCAUCCACUUUGACGGGCUCUGCCGCAUGAUUGAGCUUCGUGGGGGUAUAGACGUCCUCCGACACACCAACGAAGCUCUCGUCGAGAAGGCUCUCCGGAUCGACGUAGACUUGUGCCUGCAGCUGGGCUGCGCCACCCGUCUACACCCGGCCCAGUCGAUGGAAGAGAUUGUCCCCAUCCUUCGGCACCCGGCCCUGGCGGUCCCGUCACCCCUCCUCAAUGCCAUCCGCAACACCGGCGACCAGGACGUGUUCGACAUCAUCCACGACAUCCUCAAGGUGUCGCGCCUCCUCAGCUCGGGGAUCGCCUCGACGAUGCUCCGCCCGUCCCAGUUCCAGACGCUGAUCACGACAGUAUUCUACCGCCUGGUCGCCGUCCGGCCCCUCGCCUCGCCGCCCGCGCACGUGCACCCGGUCGCCAACGCCAUUCACCUCGCCCUCCUCUCCUACAUGACUACCUUCCUCGUCACCCUCGGCCACCAGUCCGUCGUGCGAUACCAUCUCCUGACCCGUCAGCUCAAGACCGCCCUCAGUGACUCGGUCUUCAGGGCCUCCAUCGACCCCGCCACUCAUCUCUGGAUCCUCGUCGUCGCCGGCAUCUCGGCCCUUCACGACGACCAGGACUGGCUUCGUCCCCGCGUCGCCAACACGGUGGCCUGCUUUGGCAUGACCGACUGGAAGUUUGCGCGGAGGCUCCUCGCAAAGUAUCCCUGGGUCAUCGGCUUUCACGACCAGUCGGCGUCGACUUUCUGGACAAACUGCUUCUCGCAACCCCUGAGGGAUGACACUGUAUAG